AUGAAAGCCGCUUCCCUGGUGCCGCGCAUGAUGCUGAGCGCACCAAGCGCUCUGCUGGUUUUGCUGAUGGUGAUCAGCACAGCAUCAGCCAACUUCAUCGACACUUCUCCCAUGCUGCUCUUCUCCUCUCGUCACGCCACACUGCUCGACCCGCAGCUGCACUCUGCCUCUCGCGCUGGACCAGCUGCUGAUCCGCGCGAGAUCGCUAGGGCGCUCACUAGCGACAAGGCAGCUCUUUGUGGGACUGCUGCUGAGCAGGGACGGAAGAAGGUGGAGAAUGUGGUGCUGAUCGAGAUUGAGGAUGUGAGUAGAUGAAAGGGAAGCGCGGCUAUUAGCUGCCUCUGCCUCUGCCCCUUCCCUUUGGCCUAACCCCCCCGCUGACACUCGGUGCGCGCUCCUGCUUGCUCCUGCUUGCUCCUGCUUGCUCCGACCAGUUCACGCACUCUACGCUCUCCAGCCUCUCUUCCUCCCACGUGCUCAGACGACGAGCUCUAUCCGCGCCUUUUCAACUGACGUUCCAGCACGUCUCUGCAUCUCCGGGCAACGCAGCGCGAGAGAUGGCAAGGCAGAUCAACAAGGCUUGUUCCUCCCAGACGCUGCUGCAAAAAUUGACAGGAGGCAAGAAGCAAGCUGCGAGUCGAGUGUUGCGCGUCGUGCUACCUCAGCACCUUCUCGAGCAACAAGGUCAGUCGUGGGCCGAGCUUCGUUCCUGCGCAUGCGAUCGUCAGUCUCUUCGCUCACACCUGACCUUCUCCAUCGCACUGCAUCCCCCAGACUUGCUCGCUCAGCACCUCGAGCAGUACUCGGACGAUCUGAUCAUCAUCACCUCUGCACCUUCUCUUCCUCGCGUAUCAAAGCGUGCCCUUCUCGACGAUGAGGAUGGGCUGAGCGAUCUGGACCGUGGUUUGUUCCACAAGUACCAGUUCUUUUCCAGGUGGGUCUGGAGACGCGCGCCGAGGCUCGCUUCCUCCAUUCACUUUCACGCCUCCGUCCGCAACAUUUCCCGCUGACCACGCAUACAACGCUCCCCAACACUUUUUUGCAGCGGACUGCUCUUGGCGCUCCUGAUCACCUUUAUCAUCCUCAUUCCCAUCGCCUACUUUACAAUCAAUCUGCUGGCGAGCAUCGAAUCGCCAGAACCUCGACCUGCCAAGGACUCUGCCAGCAGCAAAAAGAACAACUGA